UUCGGCCACCGUACUCUGCGUCAUAGGUAAAUAGCUUCAGCUAGCCUGCAGUUAACUGCUGGAGACCUACCAUGGCAUUUACUUUGUACUCUCUAAUCCAAGCAGCUAUCCUGUGUAUUAACGCUGUUGCUGUUUUACACGAAGAAAGAUUUCUAAGUAAAAUCGGCUGGGGAGUGGACCAAAGUGUCGGAGGGUUCGGUGAUGAACCAGGCAUCAAAGUACAGCUGAUGAACCUCAUCCGCUCUGUGAGGACAGUGAUGAGAGUGCCGCUUAUAGGAGUGAAUUCAGUCUGCAUUGUGCUGCUGCUUCUGUUUGGAUGAAGAACAGUGAAUGAAGUUUGGAUAAGCCAGCCUACUGCCACAGAUCCAUCCGCUCAGUAACCACUCCGAAGAAUCAGCUACUUAACAUCCCCCGUCAGCCUAAAUAUGAAAGCAACAGCAAUAAAGUGAUAAAUCUGCUAACCUUUCCCCUGAAGACAUGAUAAGCUGAUCACAGGUUUUAAAAUGUAGACUACUGUCAAAGAUUUUGACUCAUAUAAGUUUAUUUGGAGUUUAGACAAGAGAUGGGAAUCAGUUGUUAAAAAUGUUGUUUUUGUCACAAUGCUCAAGAAUAAAGAGUUUUUCAGGGCCACUUAGUGCCUACCAUCCAA